AUGAAAGGAAGAUUUCCGGUCUAUUUUUCAAGGCGGGAUGAGCUAUCCACUACUCCUGAUGGUGUUUUGUGCUUAAAUGAUCGUGUUGUUAUUCCUCAUUCACUGCGUAAAUCUAUCCUUGACGAUCUUCAUAGUGGACAUUUCGGUGUUGAGAAAAUGAAGUCCUUGUCGAGGCUCACAUGUUGGUGGGCAGAGAUAAAUGCAGAUAUAUGUCGAACAGCAAACAAUUGUGAAAAGUGUCAUCAGUUGAAAAUUCAUGACCAAAGACUUAUUGCUUUAUUGCGUCGUUUAAUUGAGAAGAAUAUUACAGUGAAUCCAAAUAGCUGUUCAUUUUGUGUAUCUAGUUUCGAAUGUCUUGGAUACCUAGUUGAUGGUGAUGGUUUUAGACCAGAUAUGAAAGGAAGAUUUCCGGUCUAUUUUUCAAGGCGGGAUGAGCUAUCCACUACUCCUGAUGGUGUUUUGUGCUUGAAUGAUCGUGUUGUUAUUCCUCAUUCACUGCGUAAAUCUAUCCUUGACGAUCUUCAUAGUGGACAUUUCGGUGUUGAGAAAAUGAAGUCCUUGUCGAGGCUCACAUGUUGGUGGGCAGAGAUAAAUGCAGAUAUAUGUCGAACAGCAAACAAUUGUGAAAAGUGUCAUCAGUUGAAAAUUCAUGACCAAAGACUUAUUGCUUUAUUGCGUCGUUUAAUUGAGAAGAAUAUUACAGUGAAUCCAAAUAGCUGUUCAUUUUGUGUAUCUAGUUUCGAAUGUCUUGGAUACCUAGUUGAUGGUGAUGGUUUUAGACCAGAUAUGAAAGGAAGAUUUCCGGUCUAUUUUUCAAGGCGGGAUGAGCUAUCCACUACUCCUGAUGGUGUUUUGUGCUUGAAUGAUCGUGUUGUUAUUCCUCAUUCACUGCGUAAAUCUAUCCUUGACGAUCUUCAUAGUGGACAUUUCGGUGUUGAGAAAAUGAAGUCCUUGUCGAGGCUCACAUGUUGGUGGGCAGAGAUAAAUGCAGAUAUAUGUCGAACAGCAAACAAUUGUGAAAAGUGUCAUCAGUUGAAAAUUCAUGACCAAAGACUUAUUGCUUUAUUGCGUCGUUUAAUUGAGAAGAAUAUUACAGUGAAUCCAAAUAGCUGUUCAUUUUGUGUAUCUAGUUUCGAAUGUCUUGGAUACCUAGUUGAUGGUGAUGGUUUUAGACCAGAUAUGAAAGGAAGAUUUCCGGUCUAUUUUUCAAGGCGGGAUGAGCUAUCCACUACUCCUGAUGGUGUUUUGUGCUUGAAUGAUCGUGUUGUUAUUCCUCAUUCACUGCGUAAAUCUAUCCUUGACGAUCUUCAUAGUGGACAUUUCGGUGUUGAGAAAAUGAAGUCCUUGUCGAGGCUCACAUGUUGGUGGGCAGAGAUAAAUGCAGAUAUAUGUCGAACAGCAAACAAUUGUGAAAAGUGUCAUCAGUUGAAAAGUCAGCCUUCGAAGUGGACUCCAUGGCCAGUGUGGUCUGAGGCCUGGCAGAGAGUUCAUGCAGACUAUUGUGGUCCGUUUCAGCGCAAAUACUAUGAACCUGUAGUCAUUGAUUCUUUUUCAAAGUGGCCAGAUGUUCUUUCACCACUUCACCAAUUGUGA